AUGCUUGGAGGAUUUUCUACAAAGAAUCUUAUGGCAUCCUUUGCCUAUCCGUCAUCCCCACUGCCACCACAAACCCCAAAGGAGUGGAAGGUGGUUUUGAUGGAGGUCAAGCGGCUCUACCUCGAACGGCAGUACAAGCAAUGUGCAGCCCGCGCUACUGAACUCCUCGAAGUCACAAAGGAAGCAGCUGUCCAUCCGAUCUACACGGCGUACUUGACGUUCCAUGCGGCAAUCUCUUUCGAGUUCCUUGGUCAAGCAGCUCAUCUUUACUCGAACAACAAGGUCACCUAUCUCCAUGCCGCUCUGGACUCAUUCCUGGAUUGUCUCUCCGCUCUUCCAGAGUCAGUUCCACUACCAAAGCUGCCUACGGUCUACCCAACCCCUCCUCCCAGUCCUCUAUCCAUCUCGCAGUCGCAGACGCCUCAAACACCCAAUACUCAAUUCACAAUUUUCGAAGAUGGUGAGGACGAUUCGCCUUCACCGCCGGUCAUUCUCGACACCCUCACCCGCAUGAUUAAUGUCUCUCUUGACGUCCAGGAGGACGAUGAUCCGUUCGUCUCUGACUCGGACAAUGAAACUCCGAGCCCAUUCGUGGACGCCUGUCUGGCUUCGGCUGAGAUUCGCAACGGCUCACUACAGAACAAUGCGCUCUUCCACGUGCGUUUGCCUGAGUCCAAAGACGCAAAAAAGUUCGAAGAAUCCAUUCAAAUAGGUUCCUUGAUGCCCUCUCCGCUUCGCGUUCGAAAGCCGUCGUGGGAAUCCCCUCCGCAGAUUAAAAGAUAUCCCAACAUGUUCGACACUCCUACAAAGCUGGGAAGAUCGAGUCUUGCACCUCGUCCGUUAAACCCUAUCCCGGCAGGUCGGUUAAACGUUGGGAACAUCAAGUUGAGUGCCGCCCAGGUAGCCAAUAGUUUGGCUGCCCGUUCAAGCCCUAGCCGCAUCCCUAGGACCCCUACAAAGGAUAAAUCUCCUGCAGGAAGCGAGCACAUGGGCAACGAGAACCAGGGCAAUGAGCACAAGAACGAAGAACACAAGGGGAAAGACAAGACCGUCAGGAAUGAGGCUAUCACGCCGGCUCAUAUGGCCCAGAUUGUGAAGUUCAAUCGUGAAAUUGAAUUCCUGCGCUCCCAGGUCAAGGCCAACAUCUCCGACAUCCAGAAGCACGUGGAGAAGGUCAACGAGAUCCAGAGGGCUCGCCGCGCCCGAAAUGUUCGACGUGUGGCAUCCUUCUGGAGCUUUUCGCCCGUCACUUCGGCGCACGAGGCCGAUGACGAACCUGAGCCGGGUCUGGCCAUGGACCAGUUCGGGAAUGUCUGGACCAAAGAGACCAGGGAGCAGCGCAUCGCCCGGCUUCGGGCCGAUGGCUGGACUACCGUGGGGUUGCGGUCUCCCCGUAGUACCUGGAAGGGGGCCGGGUACUACCAGGACUUCUGCAACAUGGUCCUGAAUGAGCUGUUUGUGGACAACUGA